GGCAUCUCCCCUUCCCACCCAUGGCCAUGGUCCAAUCCCCAGCGAUACCCAAGCCGGUGACUUCUACACCUCCUCGCCUCUCGACAACCAGGGCACUAAGGAAUUUAUGACUUGCAUGAUGGAGGUUGCACAGUUUGGACCUUGGUCAGAUCUUCCACCAGAACUCUUGGGCCUUGUCCUUAAGCGCCUCCCUUCUUUAGCCGACCGUGUUCGCCUGAGAGCAGUUUGUCACCCAUGGUGCUCCAAUAGUAUAUUGCACACCCUUCCCCUCCCAUUCCCCUGGCUCACCCUCCCUGAUGGAACCUUCCUCAGUAUCUCAGGGAACGAGGUUCACCGCUUGCCUCUACCACAUGGUGCUCGAUGGCACGGCUUAAUUGACAAGAGAUUAUUACUCAUGAGCAGUGAUGGAGUAUGUUCAUUAUUGGACCCUUUCUCAAAGAUGACACUGGGUCUUCCUAAUAUGGUCACCAUUUGGCAGAGCGAGAUAGAUGAUCGUACUGAACGGACUCAUGUAACAGUUUCCUAUAAGUUGGUGGAGCCCUCAGACAUGGAAUCAUCAGAGAAGUUUGUUGUUGCUGCACUAAUCCCUAACAAAGGUUAUUCCCCCAAUCUUUGUAUCAUCCAACCGCCUGCUACAUCUUACACAUUCAAGGGUGUACGUAAUUGGGACCGACAUAUCUUACUGGACUUUGGAUUCUUCCAUGGAAGGUUCUAUGUGGUGUCUGAGUUUUACAAGCUUUUCACCAUUGAUUUUGGCGAGAACCUUUGUGGUGGUCCAAACAUCAAAUGCGUAAUUGACACUAUUGGCGAUUAUCUUCGAUCACCUGCAUACUUUUGUCAGCGUGGACUAUUGCUGUAUUUAGUUGAAUGUGGUAAUAAACUACUGAUGGUUCAACGGUUUACACACUGCUCACAUUCCUCACAGGGUUUCAGUAAUGACUAUACUGGUGGAUUUACGGUCCUUGAGGCGGACUUGCAAACCAACCCUGCUCAGUGGAGAAUGGUAAGUGAUCUUGGUGGUCAUGCACUCUUUCUUGGCAGGCAAAGCUCCAAGGCUGUGCCCGCAGGAGAAUGCAGUGGAUCCCAAGAGGAUUGCAUCUACUUCAUCUGUGACUAUCCUUGUCCAAAGUCUUCUACAAAUCCUCUUCAUGAUGCUGGUAUAUACAACAUGAGAAACGGGAUGAUCAUGCCAUUGCAUUCAGGGAGUGCUGCAAUACCGCAACGCCAAGCUGGCCAGUGGGGCUCACAUGGUUUUUUCCUCCUAAAGUUGUAUGAUCAAGCCCAACAUUGUUUGUUGAUCUUUGUGAUCAACCAACCUGCCUGGGUUCGUCUUCUAUACCUUGCUUAGUACUUAUGAUGGUGUGCACUUUGAACUUUCAAGUCUUGUGAUUGUCUUAAUGGGAUUGUGUCAUCGAAUGUUUAAGUCUUUCGUUGUAGAAACUUUGAAGUUUCCUCUUUGUGGCAUGUACUUGUUUAAGUCUUACGUGGUGGAAACUUGAUGUUUUAUGACCAACCAAGGAUGGUUUUUUAAGCU